ACAUUCAAAACCAGAUGAACAAAAACAUCUCAUGUGUGGGGAAAGAUGGCGUUGCCUCUGAGCAUGGCAGGUUGCCGUUUAGCGGGGCGGACAGUGGGCAACUUGCUCUUCCGACAACCUCGUCGGAUGCUUUUGACAAACAGGAGGUGUUUUGUCAGUGCUACCGCAAUCAAUAACCUUCAGUUCAAAUUAGAUGAAAAAACGGCACACAGCAGCCUGGACCUCUUCAAGCGGGACACAGCUGUGAUCUACCGCAUCCUGGGUCUUGACCCGAGUCAUGUUCGGAACAACCCCGAGCGCUUCCAUGACUGGGCCGUGGUGUUCGGCGACAGUCAAAUCACCUCCGGGCGCCACUACUGGGAAGUGACCGUCCGCAAGUCUCAAGAGUUUCGGGUAGGUGUGGCAGAAGCGGCCAUGUCCCGCCACGAAUGUAUCGGUACCAACAACACGUCAUGGGUGUUCGCCUACGCUCAGCGCAAGUGGCUUGCCAUGACCACCAACAAAAUGGUGCCAGUGCCCGUGAUAGGGAAACCCGACCGAGUUGGAGUGCUGUUGGAUUAUGAAGCAGGCCGACUGAGCCUGGUCGACACGCAGAAGAACAAAGUCAUCCACACCAUCAGGGCCCCGUUCCGUGGGCCACUCUGCCCAGCUUUCGCACUCUGGGAUGGGGAGCUCCUCACACACUCUGGCCUGGAGGUUCCUGAAGGCCUGAACUGAACAUAAGAGACCCCUUAAAGCCACCUCCUCCCAGCAACAGCAUUGCAGAAUAAUUAUCAGGACCUGUUGCGUUGUGAAAAACAGCCGUUACUCUUCAGUCUUCAAGCUGUUACUGUGGAUUGAAGUGUGGUAGUGUUUGGUGUUCUCGAAAGAGACUGCUGGACAGGUGACACUCCUCAUAGCACUUGCUUUAGACAGCUGUAGCAGAGUUGCUCAGCCCUCUGUGUCUGUCUUAUUCUCGUUCGUCCUCCGUCCUCAGAGCUAGAGCCCUGCAGUUUGCUCCUCAGUAGCUGAUCACACACCGUAUCAGCAGGUAGAUGGAUCCACACCGAGGUCAAUGCUGAGCAGGACCAUAGUGGUCUACCACAGCAUUCUUGAUUUGUAUGGGGAAGUUGGGGAGAAGAAAUGGGAAAGAACUCUGCUCAGUGCCUUGUGAAACAUUUCACUCUUCCUUUUUUUUCUGUUUUCCCCAAAAUAUUUUUCUUACUUUCCACAUUUCAUUGUCAUCGGAACGUUUUUACUGGAAGUAUUUAGAAGCAAGCAGACUUUUUGUCUCUCCACCAGAAUGAAAUAAAAUAAACUUUGGGGCCAAACAUUUUUAAUUACUCCAAAAAAUUAUUUUUAUUCACACAAAUAUAGUCAUCUGAACAUUUUGGCACAUCUUUACACAAAAAAGACGAGAAAACAAAAAAAAGAUAUUGUUAAAUAAAUUAUGUACAUAUAUCACAA